AUGUCAACCCAAGCUGCCCGAAGCAUUCGUCUCACACAUACAUCCGCCCAGCAGGGAUUCAGACUACUUGAACUUCCGCGAGAAUUACUCGGGAUACUCUCGUCUGAUGAUGCUCCUCUGCUCGAACUGAAAUCCACACCCACAGCUCCCGAUGAAAACUCCACAGAAGGAGAACAGGAAUACAUCAACCUAUGCACACCCACGCAAACCUACCGCGUACGACAGGUCCAAUCCUCGAACUCGAUUCAUGUCCUCCGUCCAAGUCAGGGCCUGCACGGGAACCCUACAUCUGAUGGAGCAGAUAAUAAUGAGAAUGAGGAGGAAUUGGGUCUGGCGGAAUCCGUGACAUCUAUCGCCAAGUGCUCGUCUACGCUGGAAUUGCAUAUGCCUCGGGAGGAAUUUUCGGCGAUCCCGUUUCUGUUGAAGGUUUUGAAGGUUUAUAAUCGGUUGAGUAGCGAUGGGGAUGUACCUGUCCAUGCGGAUAUGGAUGUUGAUGUGGGUAUGGGUAUGGGUGAUUCGGAGACAUUACCGUCGGGGAAGAAUGGGAGGGGAGGAAGGAGUAUCAAGGAUCGCAUUUUCGCGGAUAUUCCUGUCUCCCAGGCGCAAUGUGAGAAGGCCUGGAAUCAUCUUUGUGCAUUCAUAUACGAUAAUGCGUCCAGAGGACACCAGGAAGGCCCGUGUUGGCGGCCAGCACCCCUGGUCAAACUGGAUGUGUGGAAGAGGAUGGUGGAGGGUGCGGUCUUACAGGAUAUAAACCUGGAGAAGCAGUUUCUGGUGGAUGAUCUAUGGAAAGCUUUGCUUGAUGAUGAUGGCAUCGCGGAACCAGAGAAGGGGCCCUUUCCACGGGACUUGUUUGAUGCGGUUAUUAGGAGGGUAUGUGAGAGUGACCAACAGGGAUUUGACUCGGGUCGGAAAUGGGCGAGCAUCGACAGAGCUACCUGCGUGCAGUGGGUGGGAGAAACGUACCUGGAAGCCAUGGCUCCCAUGGAGGACUCAGCUAUUGGAAGAAGUGAAUUUUUGAAUGCUUGGAAAGAUCACCUUCCUGAGUCUUGGAGAGAUGGGGUAGCAUUGACCGAGUUACCAGAUGGAUCGUACAGAUGUCCUGAUCCCACGACAAUUUACUACAUGGAUUAUAGCGAACGACAAAGGGCGAAGAAGCUUCCCGCAGAGAAAAAUGCAGUGGCCGCAGCUAAGAAGACGAGAAACUGGCACGAACUGUUCAAGAAUCAGAGACGCCGUUGA